UUUCAAGCACUGUCAGAAAACCAAAGGAACUGUGUGAAGAAUUCUGCAAUCCGAACUAGAAUCCAGUUGGGUUGCACUGCAGCAGAAGCAGAGAUUUCUCUUGAAAUGGAAUGCUGAGCCUGUGAAAAUUCCCCAAACAAUGUGACAAAUACGUCUGUGUUGGUCAGUGAAAGAACAAAGCUAACGUUCCAGAAGGACGUAUGACAAAGCAAACAACAACACAAAACCAAAAACCCACUUGGGUCGGCAACUCCUACCAGUGUGGGUACAGCAGAGGAGCGACAAGGGAAAGCCAAUUUGUGCAGUUCAGUGGACCCAGGUGCAUCAUGCCCUUGCCAAGGCGUAAGUCUUCAUUCUUGGGGCAGCAGCCCUCCUCCACAACAGAAAGCAUUGGAGCCAGCAGCCGCAGGGUAAGCGUUGGGGGCGGAGGAGUCCUCUCCAGACCCCGAGGUGUCUAUGUGGGUUCUGCCCCCACUGGAGGAGUGAGCAGUCUUGGGACCCGUGUGUCCCGUAGAGCCCUGGGCAUCAGCAGUGUCUUCCUACAGGGACUGCGUAGCUCCAGUUCAACGGUGCCUUUAGCCCAGGGUCUGGAAAAAGCAAGGGGCCUGUCUUAUGAAAGCCUGAAUGGGCGCUUGGUAGAGUACAUAGAUAAAGUGAGAGCUCUAGAACAGGUCAACCAGGAGCUGGAGGAGCACAUCAGAAUCUACCUGGACAAGAAGUCCUCCAGUGUCAGCAGCUGGGGAGCACUGAGAGAGAACUGGGAAACCAUCUACCAUCAAGUGGGCGACGCAGUCCUUGAAAAUGCUCGUCUUAUGUUGCAAACAGAGAAUGUUCAAGCCUGUGCUGAAGAUUUUAAAGACAGAUAUGAAAAUGAGCAACCAUUUAGAAAGGCAGUGGAAGAUGAAAUUAAUUCCUUAUAUAAAGUGAUUGAUGAUGCUAAUUUAACUAAAAUGGAUCUGGAGAGUCUGAUAGAAAGCAUGAAAGAAGAACUAGCUUUGCUGUCAAAGACUCAUGAAGAAGAUGUAAAAGUAUUAUAUAAACAGCUUGCUGGAUCUCAUUUGGAGGAGCUAGAUGUUCCCAUUGGAACUGGCCUGGAUGACAUACUGGAAAAAAUCAGAAUUCACUGGGAGAAGGAUAUUGAGAGAAAUCGUGCUGAGACUGGUGCCUUGCUCUAUACCAAGCAGCACACAGAAACGACACCUACUGUACGAACACAAGAGGAGGAAUUGGUAGAAUCCCUGAGAACUGAAUUCCAUGAUACAGCCUGCAAAAUACAAAGUCUGCAAGCAGAGACUGAAUCUUUAAGAACUUUGAAAAGAGGUCUGGAGAACUCCUUAUAUGAUGCUAAACACUGGCAUGACAUUGAACUACAGAACCUAGGCUCUGUCAUUAACAAGCUGGAGGCAGAAAUGGGAGAAAUCAAAGCAGAAACUGAGCAGCAGCAGAGGGAUCGUGAAAAUCUGCUGUCCCACAAGCUACAGCUGGAAAACGACAUUGCUACAUACCACUGCCUUCUGGAUGGAGAAGCAAGCAGUUGAUUUUGAUGUUCCUUGUGCACAGAAGACAACGUUGCUGUUCAAACAAAAAGAUGUCAUUGACAAAAAAUGUUCGUGGAAAGUUAAAAAAAAAAAAUCCAAAGCAGCCUGCUUUAUUCAGUUUGAUUCAACAAUCUAAGUAGGUUGUAGCUUGAACAACUUUAUUAGAAACUCCUCACAUGAUUGCUUUGCUUACACAUUUCAAUUUGCCCAUGUUGUUAAAAUAAAAAUAAAA